UUUAUCUAGACUUGGACUUUGAUCAUUAGAGGGUCGCUUCACAUAUAUCAUUUUGGGAAUCAUCAGUUGAGAAGACUGUUGUCAACAGGAGGAAGUGACAUGCCUGUCAACGUCGAAAGUGAGGCGGGGUGGAAAGAGAGCUGACGAGCCGAAGAAGGCGUCAGCUAACGUUAUGUGAGAUAGCCAGCGACUAGUGAGUAACAUACGGAAUAAGUUUUAUUACAGAGAGAAAAAAAGCACCAGACUGGAGUAACGAUAUUCGACGCCUGAUGAUUUCAAAAUAUAUGAGAAAUUGGCCGCAGGGACGCGUCGACUUCAGGAAAUGGACCAGAAGCCAUAUUUGGAAGUAGAAGCUCUGUUACUUUAGAAACAACUAAGAAAUCGGUCAUAUAUUUGCUUUAGCAGAAGACUGCCCUGUUUCCACUGUGCCUGUCUGGUUAAUGUAAAAGACAAAACGAAGCUACCAUGGAUGUCUUUUCCCGUCCCAGUGGGGAAAUACAGCGGAGAAAUCCACAGCAAGAUUUUGAGCUUAUUCAGCGAGUUGGAAGCGGCACAUAUGGAGACGUAUAUAAGGCUCGAAAUAUACAGACAGGAGAGCUUGCCGCUGUCAAAAUAAUCAAACUGGAACCAGGGGAUGACUUUUCCAUCAUCCAGCAGGAAAUCUUCAUGGUUAAGGAAUGCACACACCAAAACAUUGUGGCUUACUUCGGGAGCUACCUGUGCCGAGAGAAGUUAUGGAUCUGCAUGGAGUACUGCGGUGGGGGAUCCCUUCAGGACAUUUACCAUGUGACUGGCCCUCUUUCAGAGCUCCAGAUUGCUUAUGUCUGCCGGGAAACCUUGCAGGGCCUGGGAUAUCUGCACAGCAAGGGCAAAAUGCACCGUGACAUCAAGGGUGCCAAUAUCCUGCUAACAGACAAUGGGGAUGUGAAGCUAGCUGAUUUCGGUGUUGCAGCCAAAAUAACAGCCACCAUUGCCAAGAGGAAGUCCUUUAUUGGAACUCCUUACUGGAUGGCUCCUGAGGUGGCAGCAGUGGAGAAGAAUGGAGGCUACAACCAGCUGUGUGACAUCUGGGCAGUGGGUAUUACUUCCAUCGAGCUGGCAGAGCUGCAGCCCCCCAUGUUUGACCUGCACCCUAUGAGGGCCUUGUUUUUGAUGUCAAAGAGCAGUUUCCAGCCUCCCAAGCUAAAAGAUAAAACAAAAUGGUCCACGGCCUUCCAUAACUUUGUCAAAGUGUCUCUGACCAAGAACCCGAAGAAGAGACCUACAGCAGAGAAGCUCCUCAUGCAUGUGUUUGUGGCCCAGACUGGGCUGAACAGAAGACUUGCUGUGGAGCUCCUGGACAAGAUGAACAACCCAGAUAACCAUCCCCACUUCAGUGAAGUGGAUGAUGACGAUCUUGAGCCCCUCUCUGCGGUGAGGCAUACCAUCCGCUCCACCAACAAGAACUGCAGAGCAGAGAGGACGCGCUCUGAGAUCAACUUUGAUAAGGUGCAGUUUGAACCUCCGCUCCGGAAGGAAACUGAAGCUCAUUCUGAAAUGGACGUGACCAAAGAGAAUGACUUCCCCUCCCCGUGGAGCCCUUUCUCUGAGGGAGGAAUCAGUACAAAGAGCCUUCUCAAAAGCGUUGAGGAGGAGUUGUUCCAACGGGGACACAUCGCGCAUCUGGAGGAUGCCUUUGAAGACGUGGAGCUCAAUACCCUGAAGCAAGGACUUCCUCCCCCACUACCUCCGAAGCCCCGGCUGAACAGCUGUUCGGACGAGAUCGGCCUUAAUGAUGAGAGGUGUCUGACGGUGCGGCGCUUCCCAGGCUCUGAGAACGGGCCCGCCCCCGGGCAGCGCAGACAGAGCACGCCCGAGCAGGGCAGCAGGCCCGAGCACUCACCCCCCGACUUCCUGUCUGCCAGUGUGAGCAGCCCCGGCCUGCUCUCCCACUCUGCUGACCAGGAUCAUGAGGACUCGGACAACAGUGUGAAUGGGGACAGUGCCAAGCAGCCUCCAGCCCCACCCCAGAGAAAGGAGAGGAAGGAGUUCCCGAAGCCAGCAAUCAAUGGUCUGCCACCAACACCCAAAGUCUUGAUGGGGGCCUGUUUCUCAAAAGUGUUUGAUGGCUGUCCCCUGAAGAUCAACUGUGCCACAUCAUGGAUCCACCCAGAUACAAAAGACCAGUACCUCAUUUUUGGGACUGAGGACGGGAUUUACACCCUGAACCUGAACGAGCUGCAUGAAGCCACAAUGGAGCAGCUGUUUCCAAGGAGGUGUACUUGGCUCUAUGUUAUCAACAAUAACCUAAUGUCUUUAUCAGAAGGAAAGACCUUCCAGCUGUACUCCCACAACCUGAUUGGACUCUUCGAACAGCUCAAGAAACCGGGAUUGGCUGCCCAGUUUCAGACCCACCGUUUCCCAGACAAGAUCCUGCCAAGGAGGUUCGCCUUGACAACAAAAAUCCCAGACACAAAGGGCUGCCACAAAUGCUGUAUAGUGAGAAACCCCUAUACAGGACACAAGUACCUGUGUGGUGCACUGCAGUCUGGGAUAGUCCUACUCCAGUGGUACGAGCCCAUGCAGAGGUUUAUGCUCAUUAAGCACUUUGACUUCCCUCUGCCCAGCCCCCUGAAAGUGUUUGAGAUGCUGGUGGUUCCGGAGCAGGAGUACCCCAUGGUGUGCGUGGCCAUCAGCCAGGGCAGCGAGCCCGGACAGGUGGUCCGCUUCGAGACCAUCAACCUCAACUCCUGCUCAUCCUGGUUCACCGAGAUAGGAUCAGGUGGUCACCAGGUGGAUGCCAUCCAUGUGACCCAGCUGGAGAGAGACACAGUGUUGGUGUGUCUGGACAAGAAUUUGAAAAUUGUCAAUCUCCAGGGAAAAUUGAAGUCCAACAAAAAGCUUGCCUCUGAACUGAGCUUUGAUUUCUGCAUCGGCUCUGUGGUGUGCCUUCAGGACAGUGUUUUGGCCUUCUGGAAGCAUGGCAUGCAGGGAAAGAGCUUCAAGUCGAACGAGGUAACCCAGGAGAUUUGUGAUCAAAGCCGGGUUUUCCGUCUGCUGGGAUCUGACAGGGUUGUGGUUCUGGAGAGCCGGCCAACAGACAACCCCACAGCCCUGAGCAACCUGUACAUCUUGGCUGGCCAUGAGAACAGCUACUAACCCAAGUCAAUGGCGUCAGGAGGAACGGAUGCUGGCUGCAGACGUAUGCCGACCUGCGUCCACCAUGAACGCGGCUUCAUGGCAGCAAAGACGGUUACGAAGGGCGGCCCGCCCACUCCUGACGCUCUAAACUAUGACAAAACAACAGCAGGGGACGUCUGGGAGAGGGGCUGAACAUCGCAAAGAGAGAGCGCAUGUGGUUCGCCCCUCCCCACAUAUACGCCCCUCUCUGUCCUCCAUCCACAGAGCAGCCUUACAACGCACGCCCUCUCAGCUUAGAGACGGGGGGGCAGGGCUGGGACACCAGUCUUGGGCAAUAUGCGGACAGUGGACUGUCCAGCCCAGAGCCAUUGUGUGGAUAGUCCAGCCCCAUGGUUUCCCACGCACACCUCCAAAUGUAGCAGUGACGCCACCCCACAAGCUAAAGCAAUAAAACGCCUUUUAGGGUCAGCAUUCACUUUUUAUUUCAUUUGAGAAUGUGCCAUAAAAAAUUGCUUUGGUUGGUUUGUUUCCUUGAUGUUUGCAAAAAAAUGGACACUUGUAUUGUAGAAAUGUCCAGCCGAACAAGAGACUCUGAGGGAAACAGGAUUCAUUGCAACUGUGCUGAGCCUUGAAUUAUGGGAGAUAUUUUUCCACUCCGUAGAAGUUUACCAACUGAUAUUGAAUGCAUAAGAGUAAAUGCCAUAGAAUUUGCUUACGUGGGCUAUUUAAACCUUAUUUAUUAAUCCGCGAGUAGUAGAAGUAUUUUACGUUAGCUGUGUUAACCAAUGACAGGCGCAGUCCUGCGAGAUGUGGGACACAGCUCCUCCGGGGUUUAACUACCUACCGAAAGGUUGCUGAGCAGCUUUGGGUCAUUUUACCGCUCUGUAAUAUAGAAUUGCUUCUCUUUGCUUGGGUCUUUUUAGAUUUUGAAUAUAAUGUAAAGUGGUAAACUUUUUUUAUUGUUACUUUUAUUCAAUAUUUGCACCAUGUAAGCACUUUUGUACAUUUAUUUGUUGUUUUGUAUUUAAAUAUGACAAAAAAUGGGAAAAGUUUGGUUUUAUAACAUCAGUAUUCCCUUAAAAAAUGUAAUGAAUGCAGUUUUUGUAAUAAAAAGCUAUUCUGUUAAUAAUAAAAAGUGUAAUACUAGGUUUUGUUGAGUUGUUAAUGAUUGGGCCUUUAGGGUCAGUUAGAGAAUUGACAGUUUUUGGCAAGUGUUCAGUGCUUCAGCAGUAUUGCAUUGGCUCAGAACAUAAAGGCAGACGCAGCAGGGGUCUAUGUGCUAUCCACCAAUAGCCGUAAGUCCUCAUUCCAUGUUGAAAAUAGCGAGUGCAAUUUGCAUAUUGGCUAGAGCCCAGUACAAAUCCCCUGGUAAGGAUGAGCUCGAUAUAAGAUACUCUGAUAAAGUUUCUGUACCGGGGUCUGUUUUUUUUUUUUAACCUUUUGCUGUGUGGCAGAGAUCCUGGCUUAUUGACUUGCUGGCUGAGGAGGAGUCACACGAGUCGCCAACCUCAGAACCACGCUGGUUCGGAUCCAGAUCUCCUCCACCGCAGCUCAUAUUUCCCGCUGCGAUCCAGCCAAAUUAACAAAAGAAAAGAAUGCGCUGAAAAUACCUGUUAUUAGCGCCAAUUUUCCCCGCUGUGAGAAAAUAAUGGGACCGGUACAAAUGUGAAUAAGGGGCAUGAAUCUCCUGUGAUCUUUCUGUACCAAUUACAACAGCUGCAAUUUUGCGCUACAGA